GCAUCCAAGGGGGAGUGUUAUAAAUCCAUGAUAUGGAUAUGUGGAUUGCCAUUAACCAUCAAGGAGGUUUACAUCCGUCCAGACUAUCCGGUCCGUCUACACCCGUCUCCGGUUCGUCUCAUCCGACCAAGACUAGUCAAGAUGAAGACUCAUUCAACCGGAGCAUUUAUGAGCUUUGACCAAGACUAUAUCUUUGUGGUCAAUAUGUAAUAAAUGUGUAGAUUCUCUCUUUUGUUGUAAACCCUUGGAACCUCCACUAUAUAUUGAUAGUGAAAGCUAAUGAGAAAGACACAACUUUCACAACAACACUUCUCUCAUAUUUCUAACAAAUUCCAUAUUAACAAAAUAAUACACAUUAUUAUUGGUGGUUUUGUUUAUAAAAGGAAGCAGCAGUGCCAGUUGCUAGCAGCAUCUGUUCUCUUAAGGUUAGGGUUCUUUAGAGAGAGAGAGAGAGAGAGUAUAUUUUCAUCAAACGAUCUCGGGGAUCUUGUAAUGGAAGUUUAAAUAUUAAUAUGUUUUAGAAACUCUUCAUUUUCUCCAUUUUUAUUAACUUACAUGGCUUUCGAUCGUAAUAUAUAUUUGGUAGAUCGUCGCCAUUAAAACGCAUAUACAUAGAUCUGAUCUAAGUUACAAAAAAAAAACUAUCUUUCUCUGAUCUCACUUGUUUUUAUUGUGCAAUAUCUUCUUUAAAUCAUCUUCUCGUACGUCUUUUUAUUUUAUUAAAGUAAUUUCCAAAUUUUAAUCGAUGGAAACAAUAUCUGUAAACCAUUCACCGGGCAAACAAGUUUCGGGUUUGAGACCAUUCAAGAACCCUAGAAGGAGGAGUUCUCGUGGUAAGCUUUCACGUUCCGGCGGAAGUUUGGCUCCUCCGAUCAAUCCAACGUUAUCUUGGGGAUCUUCACCAGCGUAUCCUCCUCCUUACUACUCGCAGCCUCCUCUUCAACGUGUCAACAGCUCUUCUCUCUCUCUCCAACAAGUCAACAGCUCUCAACCACGUGUCAGGAGCUCCACUAUCCCGCGAGCUCAGGCAAGAAGUACAACGUUUGAAACACAGCAGAAGAAAGUAGAGUACAUUGAAACCGUACCGGGACUAGCUAGAACCGGUUCGGUUCCGAUCCAGUCUAACCACCCGCGUGAUUUCCCGAAAGGAUUUGAUGGUUAUCCCGGUCCAGCGAUCAUGUUAUUAUCUCCUCCGCCGAGUAGUUUGCCCAUGCCUAGGUUUACGAUCAAACAGAAGCUCCGUUGCAACGCAGAAGCUGCCGGGAAAGUGAAUGACGUAGCCGCCGAUAACAUACGGCCAGUUUUACAGCUCCGGUGAAUGGUGGUGGUACGUUAAUGUUGACGAUAUUACAAAUAAAUCUCAUCCUAUGUUGGACUUUAAGGGUUUGGGUCUGUCUUGUUUAUUUAAGUGGAUAGAACUCUCUCCUUUCGUGUGAUUUGCUAAGCCGUAACUUCUUUAAAGGCUCUCUUAGGACAAAGUAUAAUAUAUGUUCUUUUUUCUGUUUCCUCUUUUAUCAAUAUUAAUAAAGUUUCUGUUGAGUUCAGAGCAUAAACUUAAAAAACAAUACACAAGGUUUUGAUUAUGACAUUGAAUAUUUCAAGAGUUCCCAACAUAAAUGUAAGAAACAAUACAUAAGAUUUUGAUGAUGAUGACACUGGAUAUAUACAUAUAAGAAACAAAACUAGUAUUUUCUGUGAAUCGAAUCUCAAUACUGGAAAUUGUAAUAGUCUCAACCUUCAGUUAAUCUAUGUCCACAUUUGGGGCAAGUAUAAUAAGUUGUUUAUCCUUUGUCUGGUGAUCUUGUCUGCAUAUAAGAACACUCAAGAUGAAAACAUUCUUUGACAUCAGUGACAAGAAUUUGAAACACAAACCUUCAUAUCUUAUACAAUAAAGGAGACUUUAGUCUCUCCUUAUGAAGCCACAUCAUCAAAGAGGGAUGGACAUUUCACGACACGUGUCGCCACACCAAGCAUCCUUGCGAUUUUCGGCUGAUGCUUCUCUUAUUUCUCUAACAUGAUUUGGACUUUUUUAAAAUUAUAGAGAUGGCCCAAACGUUCCGUUUAGUACCCAAUGCUAACCUAAUUUAAAGAAUGUGAUAUGGGCUUUUAUUACAAUAGAUAAAGUUGGUCCAGACAUUGUAGAAGCAGUCGCCUUUUAUUAAAACGAAAAGUUAUGAUUAUUCUAUACUUCUGUUUUCGAGCUGUUCCUCAGCCUUUUAUUUUUUAGAUAAUACAUUUGUUUAAGUCUUUUCUUAUCAAUAAAUAUAUUACAACCAAAUGAAGGCAAAAUCACACAUAAAAUAUAACAGGUACAACGAUCACAAAAAUAAUAUCACUUUCUUUCAAGAAAAAAUAAUAUCACUUUCUUUCAAAAAAUUUUCAUUUUCAAAUUUAUAAGCAUCUUUAAUUUACUAAUACCAUAAAAUGAAUUGUAAAUUCAUUUAAGAAUACAAAAAUGCAAAACAAAUAAGUCUUCUUCUAUUUAUUGUUAAAAUCUAACACUACAAUUAUAUGAGAACGAAAAUUUCACAUCCAAACAAACAAAAACAACCCAACAAAAUUAUUUAGUCGUUACUGAAAAAUUCACCAUAACUUAUUGAAAACAAUCAUUUUUAGUAAUCUAAUAGCUCAUUAAAAUUGUAUCAUAAAAAUUAAAUAAAAAGUCAAAUGUAACAUCAAUUAGACAAAACUGUUUCCACAAAAUUAAUAAAUCAACUAUGCACACAGUAUAUUAGCCUCCAACCCGUAACAAACAUAAUAAUACAAUUCAUCCACCAUAUUCGAAAACCAGUAAAGGAAAAAAAAAGAAAACAAAAUGGGAUCAGCGAAUUCAGAAAACAAUUAUAACUCAGACGAAAGUAUUGGUAGCUGUGACGGAAACUCCUCACACAGAGACCCAACCAUCUAUUUCAGGAACCUCGACCUCCAAUAUUUUGUAGAAGAGCCACUCACUAUGCUAAAUAGUUACAAAAUUUUAAAGAAUGAAUUUUUGGCUACUGACCAUCCAAGGGAUCACUACAUCUAGAGGUUACUUCAAUACUUCCAGCACCGCAAAUCUAUUGAAGGACUCAACCAUCUUCGUCAAUCUGCAAAUGGAAACUUUGACAACGGUACAUAUAUUUAUGGUCUAUUAAUGUUGUGCAGAGGCGAUUUCAGUGAGGGAAAAAAGUACCUCGAUAAGUUAUCAUGGAAAACUAAUCAAGUCAGAACUGCGCAAUGUUUGACCAUGAUUAAGAAUUCACUAAAAGAAAUCAGAGUCAUUUUGAAGACAAAAUAUUUAACAAAUACAACCACAAUGGAACCCCUAACUGAUUGCCACAAUCAUGACAUGGACAGUGCAUGCGAAGAUUGUUAUUACUUUAAGAGGAUAAACGAAUUUGUUGACUACAUUAGCACGAAAAAACAGUAAACAAACACAUGAAUUUACAUGUUUCUUUUGGAACAUUAACUUUACUUAACCUUGUACAUUAUACUAUAUUUACUUUUGUGCAGCUUGGAACAUUGACUUUAGUUAAUCUUUUACAUUGUACUACAUUUACUUUUGUCCAGCUAUCAACUAUAUGUUAUAUUCUUAUUAUACUAAUCUAUGAAAUCACUUACGGUACUCCUCUUUCGCCUAAUCAGAUAAAAAAUAAAGUAACACAAUACUGACAAUAACCACUAUCAAAUGGAUUAAACGGACUAAUUUUAACUUAUUAAAAGACAAAAUAUACAAAGAACAAAAGAUCCGAACCCGGCGCGUAGCGCCGGUAUACCCCUAGUGUAACAUAAACAUCAUUGUUCACUAAUACCAUGGUGUCAAAUGUAAAUUACGUUAUUUAUUAUUAAAAAUAUGACUUAAGUAAACAAAGAUGUCAGGAUGGCCGAGUGGUCUAAGGCGCCAGACUCAAGUUCUGGUCUUCGAAAGAGGGCGUGGGUUCAAAUCCCACUUCUGACAGUUUUUCAUUUAUUUUUGCAUUUUUUUCUUAAACUAACAGAAUUAUGUGGGCCUUUCGAAAUGGAAUAUAAGGCAGGCCCCAUCAGUUCUUCACUACAAUUUGCACGUGGAUGGAGAGAGAGCUAUAAGCCUAUAGGAUUGAUUUUUAUCUGGAUCUCAUUGUCAUAGGAUUGGUUAUCUACCAUCAUAUUAUACAGAGAUUGCUAUCAAGUAUCAACUAAGGACAAUUCUCUCUGUCAAUGUAAUACCAAAGCAGUAUAAUGGCAAUGGAUAAUGAUAAAGAUUUUUU